CUAUCACUUUCUUUACUUACUCCGCGGCUGAGCUCACUCAAAAUUAGGGUUUCUGGUGUCAAGAAACCAACUAUGGAGGUCGCAGCUCAAAUAGCUCAGCUGCUGAACGAGACUCUCAACCCAGACUGCGCCGCCGUCCACACGGCGACGGAAGCACUUGAUCGUCUCUCGCAGCUCCCCCAAUUCCCUUACUAUCUCCUCUCCAUCUCCACCGGAGGUGAAGAUCGAGGUCAGAAAGUCGCUGCGGCGGCGUACCUUAAAAACUUUACCAGGCGAAAUGUGGACUGCGAGAAUCCGAAUUCGAAAUCAAACGUUAGCAAGGAGUUCAAGGACCAGCUUUUGCGGGCAUUGCUGCAAGCCGAACAAUCGGUUGUCAAAAUUUUGGUUGAAGUGUUCCGGAUCAUUGUUGUUGCCGAGUUUGUUAAGCAGAACUCGUGGCCGGAACUUGUACCUGAUUUGCGAUCAGCUAUUCAAAAUAGCAACCUUAUUAGCCAUGGUGCAAAUUCUCAAUGGACCACAGCCAAUGCCCUUAUGAUUCUUCACGCUCUCCUUAGGCCCUUUCAGUAUUUUUUGAAUCCUAAAGUUGCCAAGGAGCCAAUACCGCCACAGCUAGAGCUAAUUGCGAAAGACAUUCUUGUGCCCUUGUUAAUUGUUUUCCAUCAAUUUGUCGAAAAGGCUUUGGGUGCUCAUGGUACAACAGAUGUGGAAGCAGAGAAUAUCCUUCUGGUUGUCAGCAAAUGCAUGUAUUUUACUGUGAGGUCGCAUAUGCCAUCUGCUUUAGUUCCUCUUCUACCUUCAUUUUGUCAUGAUCUAAUUGCCAUUCUUAGUUCUUUGAGUUUUGAUUCCGUGGUUACUCCACAAAAUGGGUACCUGAUGAGAUUGAAGACUGGGAAAAGAAGUUUGCUCAUUUUCUGUACUCUCAUUACUCGACACCGGAAGCAUUCUGAUAAGUUGAUGCCGGACAUGAUAAAAUGCGUUCUGAACAUAGUAAAAUAUACCAAAAAUGUUGGUAGGCUUGAUUUUUUAUCGGAGAGGAUUCUUUCAUUAGCUUUUGAUGUGAUUUCACGUGUUCUUGAAACAGGGCCUGGAUGGAGAAUAGUUUCUCCACAUUUUUCAUCUCCACAUUUUUCAUCUCUGUUGGACUCUGCAAUCUUUCAAGCAUUGGUAAUGAACGAAAAGGAUAUCGUAGAGUGGGAUGAAGAUGCAGAUGAGUACAUACGAAAGAAUCUUCCAUCUGACAUUGAAGAAAUUUCUGGCUGGAGGGAAGAUCUAUUUACGGCCAGAAAAAGUGCUAUCAAUUUAAUUGGUGUUAUGUCAGUGUUAAAGGGACCUCUAGUAGGAACUUCUACUAAAUCAGCAUCAUCAAAACGUAAAAAGAUUGAAAGGAACAAGAGAAGAAAUCAACAUCCUUCAGUUGGAGAACUAUUGGUGCUUCCAUUUCUGUCGAAGUUUCCAAUUCCUUCUGAUGCUAAUACAUCCCAAACUAGAAUUCAGAACGAUUAUUUUGGUGUUUUGAUGGCAUAUGGUGGCUUGUUAGAUUUUCUAAGAGAGCAGCAACCUGCAUAUGCGACAACUCUGGUUCAAACUCGGUUGCUACCAUUGUAUAAAUUAUCAGUCUUCUUACCGUACUUAGUUGCCACUGCAAACUGGGUUCUUGGAGAGCUUGCUUCCUGCCUACCUGAAGAGAUGAGUGCAGAUGUGUAUACCUCAUUGCUCAAGGCAUUGGUUAUGCCUGAUAACGGGGAUAUUUCUUGUUAUCCUGUGCGGGUUUCUGCUGCUGCGGCAAUUGUGGGACUUCUUGACAAUGACUACCCACCACCUGAGUGGCUUCCUCUCCUUCAAGUUGUGAUUGGUAGGAUUGGCAAUAAUGAGGAAGAAAGCUCAAUUUUAUUUCAUCUUCUCAGUUCUGUGGUGGAGGCAGGACAUGAAAAUGUUGUAGUUCAUAUCCCUUACAUUGUUUCAACAUUGGUUGUUGGAAUCUCAAAAUGCAUUCCCACUGAUCUGGAGCCAUGGCCUCAGAUGGUUGAAAAGGGCUUUGAAGCAUUAGCAGCAAUAGAUCAAUCUUGGGAAAGUUUUACGGCUGAACAAUCUGAGGAGAAUGAAUCGAGUGAAAAGUGGGUAUCAAGCCGAGCUACCAUUGGUAGAGCUUUCUCUUCUCUCUUGCAACAGGCUUGGCUUGCACCAGCACAUCACAUGGGACGGGAAGACGAGGUUUUGCCCCCUUCUUCUUGCUUAGAUUAUGCAUCAACAUUGCUCCGAUCCAUCAUGCUGUCUGUUACUGAAAGUAAUGCAAUUCUAGAGCUUAAAGUAUCAGAGUUAUUAUUAGUUUGGGCUGAUCUGAUUGCCAACUGGCAUGCUUGGGAAGAAUCAGAGGAUAUGUCAAUCUUUGAGUGCAUUAAGGAAGCGGUCAGUCUACACAAAAAAUAUGGGUUGAAGAAUUUUAUUGUAGGACAAAUGCCAUCUCCUCCAGCUCCACCUGUUCCUCAGCAUUCCAUAAUACAAGGCAUUGGUACUUUUAUAAGUGAGGCUGCCUUACAAUAUCCAUCUGCAAUGUGGAAGAUUUGCUCUUGUGUCCAUAUACUACUACAUGCCCCAAUUUACUCAUCUGAGACAGAAGGCGUGAAGCAGUCGUUGGCAGUUGCAUUUUGUCAGGCAACAUAUACCCGUUUCAGAGAAAUUAAAAGCAAGCCUGGUCCUCUCUGGAAGCCUUUGCUGCUCGCUAUAUCAUCAUGCUAUUUAUGCUGUCCCGAAGUUGUAGAGGGUAUAUUGGAGAAGGAUGGAGAUGGAGGAUUUCAAACCUGGAUGUCUGCACUUGGAUCUGUUUCCUCUAGCUCUUUCAAACCGGGGCUACCUACAGAGUCAGAGAUAAAGUUGAUUGUGCUGGCACUGGCAAAAGUGGUUGAACGGGUGGUGGUGGUUGGAAAGUCAUCUAGUGCUUUGUUACGGGAAUGCUUUACCUCUCUGAUGGAAGCAUCUAUACGAUGGAAAGAACUGCAGGAAGAAGAGGAAGCAGGUGGAGAAGAAGAGACCGAGGAUGAUGAUGAAAUUGAAGAUGAUGAUGACGAUGAUGAUGAGGAUUCGGAGGAUGAUGAAUAUGAAGAGACUGAGGAAGAGUUUCUGAAUAGGUAUGCCGAAGCAGCUCUUGCUUUGGAAAACGGUACAGUUAUCGAAGAGGGGGAUCUAGAAGAUGAAGACCAGGAAAUGGAUUUUGAGCAAGGCUGCUUAGAGGAAAUUGAUCUGAAAAGAGUUAUAUCGUCACUUCUGGAGAGAUACCAUCCUGUAGUCAUACAAGGACAGGCAUUUCCACCGGAGCUGAUUUCGAGUUUCCUAGAAGUUUUCCCUCAAUGUAGGUCGUUCUUCCAGCAAUAAGUUUGGUAAAUUUUAUUGACCCUUGUUUUCCCUGAAAAUGACUGAUAAUUUUUCUUUGCGUCGUAAACUCAGGUAAAUUUAUUGGGAAGUCAUUUGUAAAAUGUGAUCUAAAGUGUUUGUGGUAAAAGACAUUCACGGUUUUGAACUUC